AUGCUCAACAACGCGUACCUCGCUUCACAGAUCCGCCAGCCUGAGCGGAAGUACGGAAAUGGCGACUUCAAGUAUUUCCAAGGCCUCUACAGCCAGUCUCUGAUCCGCAUGCGCCAGAUGGACCACGGCCUGCGAGCAGGUGCUGCUGCGGUGACGGGCGAGAGUCGUUACGACCGGAUUUCGCGAGUGAAGACGGCGGCGGCUUGGAUGAAUGCGCGCGACCAGAUCCACAAGGAUAUCGGGGAGCGAAAGGCUGAGAGUCACCGUAUCUUCCAGGUCCAGCUCGCGAUGUUGUCAGCGUGA